CUCGUUCUAGGUGUGUUGAAAGCUGUCGACCUGGAUAUGCCAAAAUGAUUCAGGAAGGAAAACCAAUCUGCUGUUAUGCUUGUCGGCCAUGUUUGGAAGGGACAUUCUCCUCUCAGGAAGAUGCAGAUCAUUGCCGGAUGUGUCGAGAAGAUCAGUAUUCAAACAAGAAUAGAGAUCAAUGUGUCCCCAAGGUUAUAACCUUCUUGUCCUAUACAGAAACUUUAGGGAUCAUCCUAACUUCCUUUGCCUUAUUCUUGACCCUCACUACAGCUUUUGUGUUAGGAAGCUUCAUUAAAUACCUAGAAACUCCACUAGUCAAAGCCAACAACCGGGACCUCUCCUACAUUCUCCUAAUCUCCCUCUUACUUUCCUUUUUGUCCUCCUUUCUGUUCCUUGGUCAGCCAGGAAAGGUAACCUGCCUUCUCCGUCAAACCGCCUUCAGUAUCAUCUUCUCAGUUGCGGUCUCCUCUGUGUUGGCAAAAACUAUCACUGUCAUAUUGGCCUUCAUGGCCACCAAGCCAGGGAACAGGAUGAGAAGAUGGCUGGGGAAGAGUUUGGCCAACUCCAUUGUCAUUUCUUGCUCCUGUAUUCAAGUUGGUAUCUGCACCAUCUGGCUGGGAAUCUCUCCACCAUUCCCAGAAUCCAACAUGCACUCCCAACCUGGACAGAUCAUCUUGCAAUGUAACCAAGGGUCUGUUGCCAUGUUUUAUGGUGCCCUUGGCUACAUGGGCUUCCUGGCUGCCAUCUCUUUGACAGUGGCGUUCCUAGCCAGGAAGCUGCCUGGGGCAUUCAAUGAAGCCAAGUUGAUCACCUUCAGCAUGUUGCUCUUCUGCAGUGUCUGGGUGUCCUUUGUGCCCACCUACCUGAGCACAAAGGGGAAAUACAUGGUGGCUGUGCAGAUCUUCUCCAUCUUGUCCUCCAGUGCUGGGUUAUUGGGUUGCAUUUUUAUCCCCAAAUGCUUCAUUAUUCUACUGAGGCCUGAUCUCAAUACAAAGGAGCAUCUAAUGAUGAAAUUUAAAGAUUGA